AAUUUGGGCCUACCAUUCUCUCCAACUAGAAACGUUUCAGGAUCCUUUGCUGGCGCCACAUAUAACACGCAAACGUAUGGGCUCACAACCACCACCCGCCAUUCAUUGGCUUCUCAUUAACCACAACAAGAUCAUGUAAACAUGUAUCUGUAAGACUGUAACCCCCGUCUGCCUCUCUCUCUCUCUGGGCUUCGAGCGUUGACAGCGAAACAAACAAGCUGCCAUGGAAGCUCUCAAGCUGCCCUCGUUUCCUUCAUGUCAACUUUCGACCAGACUUUCCCCCUUUGAUCAUAAACCCGUAUAUUGUGCACCCACUUCAUCUUUCUGGAAAAUUCAAAGAAACGCCGCAAAAUCCAAGCUCUUCUCUUCUGCUACAUCUUCUUCUUCUUCUUCCCCUGUUUCUGUUUCAACAGAUGAGUUGCCCAGCAAAGACCCACUUGAGCCAGAGCUCGAGGUUCAAGGGGAGGAAGAGAAAUUCGACUGGUUUGCUCAGUGGUAUCCGAUUAUGCCGGUGUGUGAUCUCGACAAGAGAGUGCCUCAUGGGAAAAAAAUUAUGGGUUUGGAUGUGGUGGUGUGGUGGGAUCGGAAUGAGAAUGCAUGGAAGGUGUUUGAUGAUUGUUGCCCGCAUCGGUUGGCUCCUUUGUCCGAAGGAAGGAUUGAUCAGUGGGGAAGGUUGCAGUGCGUUUACCAUGGAUGGUGUUUCAAUGGCUCCGGUGACUGCAAGUUCAUUCCUCAGGCUCCCCCGGAUGGUCCUCCGGUUCACACAUUCAAGAAAGCAUGUGCAGCUGUUUAUCCAAGUGUUGUGCAGAAUGAUAUUGUUUGGUUUUGGCCUAACAGUGAUCCUCAAUACGAAAAUAUUUUUAUGAAGAAGAAGCCCCCCUACAUCCCAGAAUUAGAUGAUCCAUCAUAUACGAAGUUAAUGGGAAAUAGAGAAAUUCCUUAUGGCUACGAGGUUCUGAUUGAAAAUCUUAUGGACCCUGCUCAUGUUCCGUAUGCACACUAUGGAAUUAUGCGAACCCAACAAUCCAAAAACAGAGUUAAGGCUGAUAGAGAAGGGGGGAGACCAGUUGAAAUGAGUGUACAGAAGUUGGACAUAAAUGGUUUCACUGCAAAGCAGGAAUGGGGAAUGAGCAAAUUUAUUCCCCCAUGUUUGUUUUAUGCUUUUCCCAACCCUGUAGCAGAUCAAGGCAAUGGAUCUGUUUCAUCAGGUGGAACCAAGAAGGUGCCAUCGGCAAGCAUGACACAACAACGAAGAGCACUGUUAAUUUUUAUUUGCAUUCCAGUUAGUCCAGGUAAUAGCAGACUGAUAUGGGUCUUUCCAAGAAACUUUGGAGUUUGGAUUGACCGAAUUGUCCCAAGAUGGUUUUUUCAUGUGGGACAGAACUUGAUUCUUGAUUCAGAUUUAUAUCUUCUUCAUGUGGAGGAGCGUAAAAUAAUGGAUGUUGGCCCUUCAAAUUGGCAAAGAGCUUGUUUUCUGCCAACAAAGUCAGAUGCCCUUGUGGUUGGCUUCAGGAAGUGGCUAAAAAAGCAUGCAGGUGGUCAAGUUGACUGGGGAACCAAGUUCAGUGGAGCCCUUCCCCCAACUCCCCCUAGAGAAAGGCUGAUGGAUAGGUAUUGGUCUCAUGUGGUGAACUGCAGCAGUUGCAGUGCAGCAAUUAAAGGUCUCAAGGCACUGGAAGUUGUGCUGCAGGUGAUCUCUAUUGCUUUAAUUGGGAUUGUUGCUGCAAUUAAGCAGGGUUUUAUGUCUUCAACAGCAGCAAGAACUACAAUGGGCUCUGUCGCGGUGCUGUGCUUUGCAGCCUCAAGGUGGUUAUCUCACUACAUCUACAAAAAUUUCUACUUCCAUGACUACAACCAUGCCCUCCGAUGAGAAGCAAAACUAUUUAAUGUAUUAUUAGGCUAUAUAUGGAAACACCAUGUUAUAGAAUAUAAACUAAUGAAUAUUCGACACCAUCGUCUAUACCUGAUUGUGUAGUAAAGCUUAAACAUGCUUAAUUAAGAGGAUGCAGAGUUCAUCCAUUCGUAAA